AUGCUCAAGAGACUAUGGGUGUCGUGCAAGCAUCCGUCAGUACUAACGACGAAUUGCGUCCAUAGCCCAAUUCAUUUGACAUGUCGGCCAUAUACCACUAAAUCCUUGUUAGAGGAAAUCAACAUGAAGAUGUUUCGAGUAUUGGAUGAUUCAGCAGCUCGUCAUCAUGGGCAUGGAAACACUGUUACCAAAGUUCUGCAACUUGCCAACGAACUUCGAAUCAAUGGUGUCAAGCCCAACAUUGAAUCAUACGAACACAUAUUGAGCGCAUAUGCAAAACGAGGCGACUCCUCUAGAGCCUAUUCACUGCUGAAACAGAUGGAGGGAGAGGGGAUAUCGCCGAGUAGAGAGUACUGCCAAAAGGCGUUACAGUUGGCAGCAAAGACAGGCGACACAAUAGUGCAAGCAAAGAUGCUGCAUGCAAUGGAGCGACAUGGAUACCCUAAAACCACAAAAACGUAUCAUUACAUGCUACUUUGCAUGCGACAAAAUCUGGAAUUAGAAAGAGCUUUGAAUACAUUGGAGAUCAUGAAGCGUGCGAAUCUAGUACCUGGAUUGCUUAGUUACCUCGCUGUGAUUGACAUGGCCUUACAUCUUCGAGAGCCCUCCAUCGCAUGCGACCUAUUGAAUGAGGCUGAGAAACUAGACACAUUCAGAGAGAAGGACAAGGUGUUAUACAUGCAACUGCUUCGAUGUGCUGCUUUGGAAGGACAUUACACCACUGUCAGGUCUACUUGGAAGAAGGCAGUAAUGGAUUGUGGAUUUAGUCCGGACGAAGGACUUUGUUUAUAUGUGUUGCAUCUUGCUGGAAAGCACAACGAUCCCAAAUUAGCAGGUGACGUGAUCCGAAUUGUUGGAGAGCUUGGAUACACAUACCGAGAAUGCCACUUUGCGCCCUUACUCGACGCAUUUGCAUCUACGGGAGACAUUGCCAGCACGUUCAAAGUAUUUUCUUCGAUGCGAAAAAUAGGCAUUAUACCGGACAAGAAGACAGCGCUCCCUGUUGCAUACAAGAUUGGAAGAGAUAUCAACGCCAUUUACAAGGCCAAAGAGGCAUUAGAGGACAUGGCGGAUCGUGGAGAGCCUGUAGAUGUCACUGCAUUCAACCUGGUGAUUCACGCAUUUGCAUUUAAUAGAAAGUAUGACGAUGCCAUCUCCCAGUAUGGUCAGGCCAAACGGCUCGGCGUGACACCCAACAGUGAAACAUUGGAUGCGACACUGGAUGCGUGUAUUCACUGCAAAGACGCUGAAUUAGGUGUGUCAAUUUACCACGAGUGUGUGUCGAGGGGUAUCAAGGUGUCGGCUACGUCGCUUAGUAAGAUGGUGACACUCAUGUGCACUCAGGAAGACUACGAAGACGCAUUUACCUAUCUGGAACGCAUGAAAAAGCUUAAAAUGAUUCCCCUAAGAGGCUGCUAUUUUAAGCUUGUCAAGACACUGUCCAGAGCCAACGAUCCUAGACUAGACGUUGCGCUGGAAGACAUGAGAGCAUAUGGAUAUGACACAUCUACUCAUAUGCAUGAAUUUAUGGAGCGAGAAGAGGAAAAGAGAGAUCUCUUGCAUCUUGCGUAA